CCUUUCCCAGCUCCCUCAGCCGCUCCUGGGGCUCCAGCCCCUUCCCAGCUCCCUUCCCUGCCCUGGGAAGAUGCUUUUUGCUCCAGUAGAAAAAUGCAGGAUUUUGCUUCUCCCUCUCUGCAGCUGUGGCCUUGACUCUCGGAUCCAUAAGGGAUGGAUAGAGGGCAAACCCCAGGACAGCCUGGCACGCUCAGCCUGCCUUCAUUUGUAGUUCAUCCCAAACUCCUGAGGCACGGGAAUGUCAUCAUCAGGAUUUUUCGGCCCACGUGACCUUUGGAGCCAUUGACCCAUCUCAGUUUUAAUGGGACUCUUCCUGCAGCUGCCCUAGUUUCCCAAGUUUUUGGGAAAACCAGCAGCAGGCAGCAGUGGCAGCUGGUGUUUCGUGCCAGGAGGUGCCAGCUGGGCAGCACCUCCCAAAUUCUGCUGUGUCCUUGCCUGAGGGACAGAGGGCUCAGGCCCUGGAACGGGUUCUUUCAGGAAGUGGUGGAGUCACUGUCUCUGGAAGUGCCCCAGAGGUGUCCGGAUGUGGCCCCUGGGGACAGGGUUUAGGUUUAGGGGUUCUGCUGGUGCUGCUGGGGUGGCACUGGGUGACCCUGAAAGGCUCUUCCAGCCCUGAGGAUGGUUCCAUGGUUCUGUAACUACCAAGGACCACACUCGCUUCCCUUCCGGGUAAUUAGAAAGAAACAAAUCGCAUUAAACCUUCUUCGAUAAGUUUGGAACAGCUUAAAAAUUCCCGUUCUGCUUUUCCAAAUCCUCUGUCAAACGUUGCACGACCACUUGCAGAACCCGGUGCUCGAUAAGGCGAUGUUUGGUCAAAGACUGGACUCGAUAAUCUGAGGUCUCUUCCAAGCCCAGCGACUCUGGGAUUCUGCUCCUCAGGGAUCACUGACGUCCUGCUCCUGCUGAGCGCAGCACAACUCUCGCUGUGACACCACAGGAGCCUAAGCAGGGUGAAAACACUUUUAUUUCCCCUCAUUUUCCCCCCGGCUGUGCCUCAUUACCGUGUGUACCUCGUUUCACACAAGCGGUUUCCAGAAAAACAAGCGGACCCGUGGUGUCUGCGCCGGGAGAAUUCCACAGGGAGCCCGAAAUCUCCCGUGGAGAAAGAGAAGGAAGUUUUCCCUCGAGGAAGGGCAGUGCCCACAGGGUGUGUGAGGGGAUGGCACCGAGGAGGAAAAGCUCCUGGAGCAUCACCAGAACGGAUUUAACAAGGUUCUGCUGCAAAAUGGAACCUCACGAGGAGGAGUCGCACCAAGCUCCCAGAACUGCUUUGUCUCAGAUCCAGUCUGUCAUCAGAGCUCUUGGACUCCCCUCUGCUGAGUUUAUUUCAUGCUGUCCUUGCACACAGAUGUUUAUUUCAGCUCUUCACAUGAUGCAAAUCCCCUCCCAUUCCUGCUUUUUCUGCCAAAUAACUUCCAAACUUUCUGGCUCCUUGCUCAGCCCUGGUGUCAAUCAGCACAACCAAUAAGUCUGUAAUUACUUUUGCACAACAAGCACCUGAUUCUUAAAACAUAGCAGCCUCCUUUAGUAUCUCCCAGAUUCUCAUCCCUCUAAGCCACUAGAUUUUUAUCCAUCUGGAGGUUUAACACUCAUUUUCCACUUUUUUGCCCCUCAUGCUGGUGGUACCCAUUUCUCUCAUUCCUCUCCCUCUCCUUUCCCAAAUGCUGGAAUCCAUCCAGGUGGUAAGAGCUCUACACUAAAAACUGUCCAAUCCUCCCUCCAAAAGGGGAUUUUAACCAAACACCCACUUUUUUCCUUAAACUGGAAGUGUGGCCUUGCUCAGUUUAAUCCCUGAUCCACCAGGAUGUGAUGGAAUAAGAACAGAAAUCAAAUCCAUGCAAGCAGAGAGGGGAAUGCUUUAAUAAUCCCCACAGCUGGAUUAUAAAUUAGGAUUAUAUUCCUUGUGGCCUGGGAGGUUGUUUUAAUCCGGACACUGAAAAUUCCUCAUGGGCAUUGCACCUCUGCCACCCACCAGGGACAUGGAAUCCGUGUCACCGAGCUGUGACCUCCAGGAAAGAUUCCACAGGCCAAGCUUAGGAACAGAUCCCAUCCCACAGAGGCUGGGCUGUGACUUCCCACUAUUCCUGUUCUCUCCCCGUGGGUUCUACUGCAGGAAAUCCAAGGCCUGGGAGCUGCACGGUGAUUUCUGGGAUGCAGACACGGGCCUGGCCAUGGCCUGGCUCAGUCCUCACAGGAGGGUUUUGGCAGACCCUGGCCUGUUUGGGAGGAGGGAAGCAGCUGUAUGGACACUGCAGGACACAGCUCGAGGUGUUGGACUGGGAUUUAUUGCAAUUUUCCCUUCCUGUUCCUGCCCUUUGCCCAGCUCCUCUUCAGUUCUGGUGUCCAGGAUCAUUUCUGCCCACAUCCAUGAUUUCUGCUGGCACAGGAGGUCAUUCAGUGCCUCAUCUCCUCCAGCCUUUUUCCCCAUGAGGAGUGGAGCUGGAUUAGUUGGCACUGCCUGCCCUGAGCCCACCGAUGCUCCUCCGGGCAGGAUUGGGAUGUUCCUCUGGGCAGGAUUGGGAUGUUCCUCUGGGCAGGAGUGGGAUGUUCCUCUGGGCAGGAGUGGGAUGUUCCUCUGGGCAGGAGCGGGAUGUCCCUGCAGGCAGGAGCGGGAUGUCCCUCCAGGCAGGAGUGGGAUGUUCCUGCAGGCAGGAGCGGGAUGUCCCUCCAGGCAGGAGUGGGAUGUUCCUGCAGGCAGGAGCGGGAUGUCCCUCCAGGCAGGAGCGGGAUGUUCCUCCAGGAAGGAGUGGGAUGUCCCUGCAGGCAGGAAUGGGAAGCUUUUCCAGGCAGGGGUGGGAUGUUCCUGCAGGCAGGAGAGGGAUGUUCCUGCAGGCACGGGUGGGAUGUCCCUGCAGGCAGGAGAGGGAUGUUCCUCCAGGCAGGAGUGGGAUGUCCCUGCAGGCAGGAGCGGGAUGUCCCUGCAGGCACGGGUGGGAUGUUCCUGCAGGCAGGGGUGGGAAGCUCUUCCAGGCAGGGGUGGGAUGUUCCUGCAGGCAGGAGCGGGAUGUUCCUGCAGGCAGGAGUGGGAAGCUCUUCCAGGUGGGAGCAGGAUGUUCCUCUGGGCAGGAUUGGGAUGUCCCUGCAGGCAGGAGAGGGAUGUCCCUCCAGGCAGGAGAGGGAUGUCCCUGCAGGCAGGAGCGGGAUGUCCCUCCAGGCAGGGGUGGGAUGUUCCUCCGGGCAGGAGAGGGAUGUUCCUGCAGGCAGGAAUGGGAAGCUUUUCCAGGCAGGGGUGGGAUGUUCCUGCAGGCAGGAGCGGGAUGUCCCUCCAGGAAGGAGUGGAAUGUCCCUGCAGGCAGGAAUGGGAAGCUUUUCCAGGCAGGGGUGGGAUGUUCCUGCAGGCACGGGUGGGAUGUUCCUGCAGGCAGGAGAGGGAUGUUCCUCCAGGCAGGAGUGGGAUGUCCCUGCAGGCACGGGUGGGAUGUUCCUGCAGGCACGGGUGGGAUGUUCCUGCAGGCAGGAAUGGGAAGCUCUUCCAGGCAGGGGUGGGAUGUUCCUGCAGGCAGGAGCGGGAUGUUCCUGCAGGCAGGAGUGGGAAGCUCUUCCAGGCAGGGGGUUCUCCACGGACACCCUGCGUUUUGGAAAACAAGGGAAUUCUCCCCCAAAACAGACGUUAAAGCGCUGGUGA